GCGCAGCUUCACGGCCAUUCUGCGGCCUUUCAAGUUUGUGGCCAGGCCGGCGCCCAACAGCAACAAGAGACAGCUUCGGAACAAACUGAAGCAGCGAGACUUUCUCCUGGCGAAUGUGAUCCCGUCCAUGGAGAUCAUCCUGAAGGAAGUGGAUCUGAUGUUCUUGAGAGAUAUCAGGGAGGUCCUCGACUCCAUACCGCUCAGCCCCAACGCUGCCCUGGCCAGCUCGCAGGGCGAUGUUCGGAAGUUCUUCCGCGACCACGAUGUGGUGAAGGGGCUCAAGCUGUCCGGCAAGCAACUUGACAGACUGCUGCAGGAGGCGCUG